AUGGCCAGACAACUCGUAUGUUCUCUCCUGUUGGUGGCGCUGACGGUCCUACCUGGUGAGGCGAGCUGGAGCUACAGCGGAAACAAUGGACCUGAACACUGGAAGAAAUUGUUUCCUGAGUGUGGCGGUAGAAGACAGUCUCCCGUCAACAUCAACACUCACGACGAAGAGAGGGACGACGACGGCGGCUCUUGGCCUCGCUUUCACUUCCACAACUUCAACACCAUCCCCAACUCCAUGACCAUCCUCAACACCGGCGAGUCAGCUCAAGUGUCGUCUGAGCAGCUGAGGGCGUCUGUGAGUGGCGGGGCGCUGGGAGCUGAGUACACCUUCCUUCAGUUCCACUUCCACUGGGGCAGCAGCAACAAGUUAGGGGGAUCUGAGCACACAGUCAACCACCGUAGGGAGGCAGCAGAGCUACACAUGGUGUUCUUCAAGACGGAGUACGGCAACUUUAAGGAGUCCCUCAAUUAUCGUGACGGUGUAGCAGUGUUCGCCGUCUUCCUCCGCCUCUCCCGACACGACAAUGCCAACCUUCGUACUGUUGUGGCCGGCCUCUCCAGUAUCAGACACCAUAACGACACAGCCCAUAUCCUGCCCAUUCCUCUGAGCGCUGUGCUGCCCCCCUACCUCACCGAGUUCUACCGUUACUACGGUUCUUUCACCACCCCUGACUGUAAUGAAGUCGUUACCUGGACAGUGUUCAAGCAUCCUAUCACCAUCUCCAGCACUCAGUUGAAGAAGUUCAGGUCGCUGGUUUUCGAGGAUGGUAAACCAAUGCAAGACAACUUCCGUCCAGUCCAGCCACUGAAUGGUCGUAAGAUCUAUCAGAGACCGAAAGGCAACGACGACUCUUGA